AUCCUCCUGCUGCUGCCGUUACUCUCUGCUGGGCAUCAGAAAGCCUGUACUAGCUCAUCUACUGACUAGCCGACAUCGAAGAACCAUCCAUCCCGACUACUAUGAGGCGAACGCCCGAGUUUUCAUCAGCUUAACCUCAAUGUGUGAUCCAAAUCCAUCAUGGACUUGCGCACAAUCAUGAACUCCGACUCCGCGGGGGUCCCGAGCAAACCGCCCCAAGCACAACCUCCACCCUCUCCCUUGCAGCCGCGCACGAGAGAACCCAGCCCUCGCCGAGCGAGUUAUCCUAAUGAAACAUCUCCUCCGGUCCAUCCCUCCCAUCCAACCGAACCGCGUGUAAGGCCACCACCGCCUCCACCACUGCAGCCUCCUCUUCAUUCACCAGGACGAUCUUCUUCCUACGGCUCUGCUCAAUCACCAUACCAGCAUUCUUCCGCCAGCUCAAUCCUAAGUGGCAUUCCUCCGCCUCCGAACGCCCCAUCCUACUCCCAAGGCUCCCAGUCCUUCCUCCCCGUUGCGCGCGACUCCUUUGCGGCCACAUCCGCCCCCCUACCUCACCCCACAAGCUCCCUCUGCUCGCCAUUUACUCCGCAGCCAUUGAGCUCGGGAACACAGCAGACUUACUUCUCCCAGGCCCGCUCUCACUCGAUUCAUUCCGUCACGACGCCGUCGUCGGUUCGCAGCUUCUCGUUUCCUGCGCCACGCGAGGAAGCCGGAACAGCUCAGCAUGCUGAGUUGCCUCAAUCUUUGCCAUAUUCCCCCAACCAAGCAGGCUCGCAGCCGGCGACCCCUCUGGGGCCUCCUUCGGCAUCGCUGAAGAGACCGUCCCCUCAUCCGACGCGUCCAACUUCUUCAGGGCUUGAUGCGGACCAUGCACCGUUAACCAGCCCAUGGGACAGACCCGAUCAGCAAAGGGAGCAAAAGGAAUCAGUAUCGCCUAUUCUUCAAUCACAAAUCUCACGGCAGCGAUCAUCUCUGGCGGACCAACUGCAUAAACAACACUUGCUCGAGCGAGACGUCGAUCGCCAGAGGACCAGCGUGAGCCCUAAAACGGUACUCGGAAAAUCUGGCCAUACUGCUGGGGACCUUGGGCGUGUUCAAGAUCGCUCUUUGCAAGUUCAUUCGAACAAUGAACCUGACAGGUUAUCAUGGCAAACAACCAGUACGACAACAAACAAUCCGGCACCACCACAUGAAAGUGACCCGACAUCCCAGUCAUUGUAUCCACCCACCACCCCUAAAACAUCUCAUCCUUCAAACUCUAGUCAUCCUUCAACCGUAUCUCCGACGUCGAAGCAGCAAUUUAGGAGAGAGACAGAUUUAUCGUUUCAGCACCAGGAUAUACCGAUGAAGGUAACCGAUCAACCGGCUCCUCCCUCAGUUGCCUCUUCGUUUGUACCACGAAAGAAGCGCAAGCGAUAUCAUGAACCUCCAAUCUACGCUCAAAAAGCUCCUCGGACUACAGGAACCCCUCCUGCGAUUCCAACGAGAUAUAAGGCCGGCUCUUCUUUUCCGUUCAAACCUCCGUUUCCUAAGCGCGAGAACCCGGAUGAUCGGCCUGUGUCACGAAACAGGUCUAUGCCUCCUCGACAAGCUCCAACGCCACAAAGUACUCGAUCCGAUGUCAAUGGAAACGCCGCACGAUCUAGCACGGCUGGUGACUCUACAUCGUCCCUCGGACCGUGGGAGCCCUCGAUCACCGGUGUCAUUCCGCACGAAGAGGUUACGAAGUUAAUAUGUGACUUUUUAUUCCAACAGGUUGUCAUGCGAAAGGACAUCGGUGCUGGCCCUGCUGGAGGAUCAGCCACAGGAUCCGGAGCCAUUUUAGAGGUAGAAGCCAAACUUGGACAGCUGGUUGACAAAAAUAGAGGCGAGAGAGUACGCCUUCCGGUGCUCACUGAAUGCAUUAUCAGCAGAGAUGAUCCAAGCAUGCGAAUCGCCUUCGAAAGCUCCAUGACACUGGCUCAACAUCGCUCUUUGAACAACUUCCUCAAUGAAUCCGUCAAAUCCUCCAUGGGACCUGGUUCAUCCCGCAUCCCAAUUACAUAUGCACACAAAAAGGAACGUGAUACUUUCUAUGAAAUAUCCUCUUCCGCACUCCCUCCAAUCGUCCAGCAUCACCUCAAUCCCCGCCACAAGCCCAAAGUCCGUGUUACCACAGAUCAACGGACAGGAGCGAUACUGGCUCGGAUUAUCAAAUGCCGCAUUGCAGACCUGGAUGUUUACAGCCCGAGAACGAACCUCGAUUGGCGGAUUAGCGUGAACUUGGAAAUGAACUAUGAGGGAGACAUCAAUGAACUCAUACCAGCGAGCGACGCGGGUAACUUUGGUGGGAGGGCUAAGUCUAGGAACAAGGAUCGCAUGAGUUAUCGGCAUUUAGCAUAUCAAAUUGACCUCACACAGGUUGCCACUGCGGAAGCAAACAAUCCUCCAAACCCACAAGCUGAUUUUGAGCACGAACUCGAAAUCGAAAUUUCCUCUGCAGAAAUUCGACGACAAGGCGAUCUUGCUCUUGCGGGCGACCUAGCUAAUCAAUACGAGGAACUGGUCAAAGGGUUUGUGGAUAAUGUCAGGGUGCUUGCAAGAGCGGUACCCGGAAGAUAAUUGUAAUAACCUAUCGGUUCGGCUUCUUCCUUUUUUCCUCUCUUCUUUCGACGAUAUAUUUUUU